AAUGUCCAGAAGUCCACGGAACCUGUCCAGCCCCGAACCCUCCUCAAGUUCCCAGACAUCUACGGACCCCGGCCUGCCGUGACAGCUCCGGAGGUCAUCAACUACGCGGACUACACACUGAGGUCCACAGAGGAGCCCGCUGCACCUGCCAGCCCCCAGCCUCCGAGCGACAGCCGCCUCAAGAGGCAGGUCACAGAGGAGCUGUUCAUCCUCCCGCAGAACGGUGUGGUGGAGGAUGUCUGUGUCAUGGAGACCUGGAACCCAGAGAAGGUGGCCAGCUGGAACCAGGCCCCCAAACUCCACUACUGCUUGGCCUACGACCGGCAGAAGGCUGAAUUGUUCGUGACUCACCUGGAAGCCGUGACCAGCGACCACGACGGAGGCUGUGACUGCUACGUCCAGGGCAGUGUGGCCAGCAGGACUGGCUGCGUGGAGGCUCAGACGGUCCUGAAGAAGCGGCAGCUGCACACCGCCUGGGAGGAGGGCCUGGCACUCCCCCUGGCAGAGGAAGAGCUCCCCACGGCCACCCUGACGCUGACCCUGAGGACCUGCGACCGCUUCUCCCGCCACAGUGUGGCCGGGGAGCUCCGCCUGGGCCUGGACGGGGUGUCUGUGCCUUUGGGCGCUGCCCAGUGGGGCGAGCUGAAGACUUCGCCGAAGGAGCCAUCUGCAGGUGCCGGAGAGGUCCUUCUCUCCAUCAGCUACCUCCCGGCUGCCAACCGUCUCCUGGUGGUGCUGAUUAAAGCCAAGAACCUCCACUCCAGCCAGUCCAAGGAGCUCCUUGGGAAGGAUGUCUCUGUCAAGGUGACCUUGAAGCACCAGGCUCGGAAGCUGAAGAAGAAGCAGACAAAACGGGCCAAGCACAAGAUCAACCCGGUGUGGAACGAGAUGAUCAUGUUCGAGCUGCCCGACGACCUGCUGCGGGCCUCCAGCGUGGAGCUGGAGGUGCUGGGCCAGGACGAGGUGGGGCAGAGCUGCACGCUGGGCCACUGCAGCCUGGGCCUGCACGCCUCGGGCUCUGCGCGCAGCCACUGGGAGGAGAUGCUGAAGAACCCGCGGCGCCAGAUCGCCAUGUGGCACCAGCUGCAGCUGUAAUGGCCCACCGCCUCCCUCCAGGGCAGCCGGGCCGUCCUCUGCAGCCUCCUCUCCGUGCCCCAUCCUCAACACGCCUGCAAAGGCCGGGACCCUGCACCUCUCUCACCACACUCCCGCUUCUAGGGCAUCAGCAAGGCAGGGCGGGGUGGUUGCAUUUUGCUCCUCUGUGUUCUUGAAAGAGACGCAUUCAUCCAACACAACUCAUGCGCCCAUCUUGCAGGUGGGGUUAGGCCGGAUGCAGAGACAGCUUAAUCUGGGAAAUAACGGACUCAAAGAAGAAUUCGGCUUUUUAAAAAUAAGCAUUCCGAAAAGGCUGAACGAGAUCAAAGUAUCCCAGCCCAACUCCUAGAAUUAGAGAUGGUCUGGGUGGAAUGAAAGCUCAGCCAGGAGGUAAGUCAUGCUCCCCAUGCGAGGCGGUCACAGCAGGUCUCAGACUUUAGCAUGUCAAGAGUCACCAGCAGGGUCCCAGGCCCACCUGAAGACCCUCCAAGUCAGCGCUUCUGGUCGAAGCCCAGGAGCCUUCAUUUUGAACAAGCACUGGGGGGUGCUCACAUCGAGGUCAGAGCACUGCACUUAGAGAAACUCCUUCCACAACAUUCCAGACAGGUUUUCGGCCACAGUCCUCGAUGGAGUCUCAACACCAGAGAUCCGGGAUCAGUCAGUCUCAGUGCUGGAUACCUCAACCACCAGUGUGGAAUCUGUAGCCUCUAUUAUUAACUAUGUUAGUUCUUUUUUUUUUGAAUCAGGGUCUCACUCUGUUGCCCAGGCUAGGGCACAGUGGCAUGAUCAUGGC